AUGAAAUCGGUAAUAGUCGUUGUUUUAGGGGUCUAUCUGGCUUUGCAGACAGUUUGCACCAGGAUACCUACAGACUGUUUGUCACUGCUGGGACCAUGUGUUUCACCAGACCUCUGUAAAAAUGAAGAGAACCUUCUGCAAACCAUCUGUGACUCUAAAAGUGGCAACUGCCAGAUGCAAGAUUCUGAGGGCUGUAACGAGACCAUCCAGGCCAUCUUUGGCCGUUCGCCGCCGUGGAGGAGAGAGUGUGCCUGUGAUGAAGAAGACCCAUGUGACACCCUGCAGCUGUUGGCUUCUCUGUGCCAUUCGCAUUUGGCAGGUGAUGGGGAUCUAGGCACAUCUGACAAGUCGAGCAUAGCAGCCCAGCAGUGGACUGUGACAGAGCAGCAGGAGCUCAGCCAACACGAGAAUGUUCACUGUGUUCCAGUGCAUGAGAACAUGAAACUGAAGGGAGAAUGGAAAUCAAGCAGACUUUCAGGAUAUGUGCCUGGCCCAAAUGCGUCCUGCCUUCAGGAGAUGAUGCUAUGCAUCCAGGAUGAAGUCUGCAACAGGCACCUUGUGCCAUUUGUCCAGUCCUGCUCGAGGCCUCAGUGUGAGGAUGUACAAUGCAGACUGGCUGCAAGACGCUUCUACUCUGGUCUGCCUCAGAAUGUGGCUGAGAUGCUGCUGUUCUGCCAGUGUGCGAAAGGGGAGCAGGACUGUGAGCAGGUCUGGGGCACUCUGCAGUCCGUCUCUUGCACAGGAGCCCAGGUGCCCCUGCGGAGCUGCUUGGACACACUAGAGAGCUGCACUAGAAACAUGCUGUGCAGGCAAACAUUUGAAGCAUUUUUGUCUAAAUGCUUUGAGCCAGAGGAUACGCCAUACAGUGAAUAUUCAACCACGGACUUGAUACAUAUCAUAGAUCUUAACCAUUUUCUCAGUGAAGACAAAGAAUGUAGAAAGGCGUUUGUGGCCACAGUGGGGUCUAUUCUGCAGAGUCCUUGCACCUGCCAGGAGUUGUAUCAUCACGACCUAUACAAGUGCAAUAUGCUGCAACAAGCCAUUCAAAACAGGUCCCACUUCAGGUUACAUGGGGCAAAAAGAAAUGCCUCAUUACAGACAGAAGUAAACAAAUCAAAACCAGGCCACUCACAGUUCAAUGAUCAGUUAUGGUACUUUUUGGUGUACAUCUUUGUGGUUGUGGUAAUAUUAACUGCAGUCACCAUUAUUUGGCACAAACUCAGGAGAACGCACAGAUUGUCAAAGAAUGCAAGAUUUAAUCUGCCACAAGACUCCACAAAAUCACUUGUGCUGUAGAUCCCUGGCAAAAC